UGUAGAGCUUAACCGAACAGCACGCAAUUAUGCCCCCACAUGUCGCAGACACCUACCCCGCAACACCAGCUCUCUAUCGAAACAGCAGCAUGCGAUUGUCAAUGAAACGCCUAUCGAGAUGUGGACGAGUCCAGCCGUAGCCAUUAGUAUCGCUUGGCGCCACUAUUCUUCAUGCACGUUGGGUCUCAACCCUGUGAUGUUGCGAUAUUGUCCCAUCGAUGACAUGCGGGUCUUUGUUGAUCCCGGACUGUACAUAUACUAAUAAGUGUCGAGACCUGUCGACUUCUACUUCUUGGUGAAUAUUGCAAACUUGACCCAUCAUGGCCACAGAAACCGUCACUCUCAACACCAAAAGCACUGAUGCGCCAGCACAGUCGCAAUACCCACGUGAGCCUCUGAAGCUCAAAGGAGUCCUCGAUCAGUACAAGUCCUUUGAUGUGACUCCGGUGAUCGGUCGCGAAUUCAGCGACGUCAACUUGAAGGAGUGGUUGGAAGCACCAAAUUCAGAUGAGUUGAUCAGGGAUCUUGCCAUCACUAUUUCGCAGCGCGGUGUUGUCUUCUUCCGCAAGCAGGACGACUUGACCAACGAUCUCCAGAAGCAACUCGCACAACGUCUAGGUGAGCUCUCGGGCAAGCCAGAGACAUCGGGGCUGCACAUCCACCCUGUCAUAAACGCUGGUCGUCGCCUCGGUGGCGGUGAUAACGAGAUCAGUGUCAUCAGCUCGGAACAGGCAAAGGAAAUCUACAAGAACAAGUUCCUGAACUUCGCAGACCGCAAGCAAAGUGCGAAGGGCGGCUGGCAUAGCGACAUCACAUUCGAGAAGAUCCCCAGCGACUACGCGCUGCUGAGACUGACCGAGUUGCCUAAGACUGGCGGAGACACUCUUUGGGCCUCAGGAUACGAGCUGUACGACCGUCUCUCGCCACCAUACCAGAAGUUCUUCGAAAGCCUCAAUGCCACGUACGCGCAACCCGGUUUCAACCUCGCUGCAAAGGAGAAUGGCUUCGAUUUAUACGACAAGCCUCGCGGCGCCCCUGAGAACGUCGGCAGCGAGCUGAUCGCCGAGCACCCUGUGAUUCGCACAAAUCCGGUGACGGGCUGGAAGUCAGUCUUUGCUGUUGGCCAUCACGUUCAGCAGAUCAAUGGCCUGACCAAGGAGGAGAGCCAGCAUGCACUGGAGUGGUUCGUGCAGUUGAUCGUGGAGAACCAUGACUUGCAGGUUCGCCACAGGUGGCAGAAUGAAAAUGAUCUGGCUAUUUGGGAUAACAGAAGUGUGUAUCACACUGCGACAUUCGACAUCAAAGGGCAGGGCCCAAGGACUGGACAGCGAGCUGUGAGCUUGGGCGAGAAGCCGUACCUGGACCCGAACAGCAAGUCGAGGAGUGAGGAUCUGGGUCUCAACAGUGAGGAAAAGUCGUAGAUCGGUACUAUGAAUGAAUUGUAUUGGAACUGUAUUGAUCUGUUUAUCGUGG